UGCUGUUAAUUUACGUCAAAAUUUUAACAGUAUAAACCUGUUAUCUUAAAAAGCAGUGCUUACUUGUUUAUUUACGUUCUGUGAAAUGACGUAGAUAAAAUUUAACGUUAUUUUACCGUAUUUAUUGCACGAAGGAAAGAAAACAGUACUUAACAGUAUUUUGGGAACAGAAAGCUGCAGCAAGCACAUGUGGAUUUUCAUCCGUCUUUAUAUUGUGAUUUAACCGGUGAGUGCACCUUUGCCUUGCUCCUUUCACACAAAAUACACGUUUGCAACUGCAAAUAACUGUGCAAAUAACUGUGAUAAUAGUGGAUGCUGAGGCUGUAACUGUUUAAUAUGUCCAUUUCAGUGCUAAAACCGUCAACGUGCCAACGGCAUCAUAGAUUGGAGCUGGAUAGAUUCAGAUAUUCCCCGAUUACAAGUGCAAUGAGCAUUGUGAAUGAAGAUCUGAGAGGUAUCAUCCUCAGAACGUUGCCAACAAUUUCCAAAGACACUCUACAGGCAUUGAUAGACAAGCUAUUAAACUCUGGUCUGGAAUCUACACAAGACCUGAAAUAUGUGAAUCAAGAAGAUAUUGCUGACCUACUGCCGGCCAUUCAAUUACGGAAGCUUCUGGAAGCAUUUAAAAAAGAGACAGAGAUGGUCACUUUGGACCUACAAAUUCUUACUUCCCCUACACCAUCAGUCAGCUCGCCUUCAGUCCUUCCUUGCUCCAGUGCAUCAAGUGGACUCUCAAAUCAAGAAUCUAGCAGCUCAGAAGACUGCGGUCCAUCCUCCCAAAUCAAAAAGGCAUGGCCAGAGACAUUUCAGAUUCCGUGGACUGCAAUGCCUAUGGACAUUCGUUCAGCAGUGGCUGAUGGCAAGAGACCUUCACCAGCAGCACGGCGACAAAUGGUCAGAGUUUUGGCAGAUGAGAUGAGGAAAUAUGAGCUAAACCCAACACGCGGACAAUGUGUCACAGUAUGCCGAAAUAUCAUCCGCCAGUAUCCUCAAAGUUUUGCUGAUCUCCGUGACAAUGGUCAGGUACUAGGAAAUGGUUAUACCUCACUGUUAAUUCAAAUUAAAAACCGAAUUGAAAAUCUGAACCGCACCACCAGCUUUCGCCAACACCGUUCAUCUGGUGAUGGACUAAAGAGAGGGCCUACUGAUACAUAUGGCUGCACCAGAUUCCAGCCUGAUGUCCCACCAGAGGAGACAGAUGAAAGUGUAGAGCAGAAGCGUCAGUGGCUGGAGGAGAUAUACCGUCGAGAUGGAAUAAAUGGGGUUGAAAAAGCAGAAGUUAGGCAACUUAUGGAAACAACCUUUUGCCUCCAGCGGCAGCAAAUAAACAUAUUACCAUCAACCACCAUCGCUGAUUUAAGAAAGCAGUGGCCAUACCUUUUCACUCAGAAAGGGCUUUAUGCUCAUUUUGAACUUCUGACUGAUAUCAAAGUUAUGCGUGCACUUGAGCUUGCCAUGGAAGAGUGUGGAAGAGCCAUUGUGGAGUUCUUCAGCAGCAAACCCACCAAUGCAGAUGUCAGGACUGUCAUUUCUCUGCGGCCAGACCUCGAGCUUUCCUUCUGCAUCAUCCAACUUCUCAUGGCUCACUUCUCUGAGACUCAGGAAGGGCUGAUACUUUUUGCAAAUGCAUCUUCCACUGCAGCUGAUGUAGAAAGGACACUUGAACUACCUUCAACUCCUCGACUGAUACUCUUUGGUGAAAAACCAGGAAGCUGCAUUCAUAAAUGGAUGAUUAGUUUUGAGGGGCAAAUAAUCUGUGAGGGCAUCCAGCCAAGUUUUUUGUCUGGACUUGCUGCUGUGUUUUCAACUUUCUACAAUUUCAAUGUGGAGUACCAAGCUGAGGCUGCAUCCACGUUGGAAUUCAUUCAGAGGCGCUUCAUUGGAAUAAAUCCUGAAAAAGGCACCAAGGGUGGACAAGUCCUAUCAAAGCGGACAGGGAAGGUCGGCCACAGAAAAAAAUCAGUCAACACUCGGGUUGCCAGUCUACUUAAGAAACUAAUGGACUUUGAGUGGGACUUCAUAUAAGUAAACUUACUCAUCCACUGACAUACCACACACACACCGUACACAUACUCUUCACACAUGACAAAAACAUGUUUUUAGUGUGUUUAGUCGCACAAUUUUUUCAGGUGUUCAUUCUUGAAUACCUACAUUUUGACUUCAUUCAUCAUUGAAUUCUUUCUUCAUUCAGUAACUCUUAUUCACUAAUAAUUUAGUAAUUAUUAUUCUCUCAGCAGUUCGCUGAGUCACUCAUUUAGUUUUUUCAAAUGUUAUGUACAUUUUU